UGAAGGAGGUGGAUGAAGAAGAGGAAGGACCGCCACUGCAAAACAGUGGGCAGCACAACGGCAGCAACAGUGAUGAGAUGGAGAAGAAGAUUUCGGAGUGGGUCGCCAACUUAUCCCUGGGUGAGGAGGAAGAGGUUGCUAUGUACAUCCCCAAGGAUGAGCAAGAAACCGCUAUGAAGAAAUGGGAAGCAGAAGAAGAUGUUCUGACGCGGCGGGCGAUGGAGGAUGAACAGAGGAUGGCGUGGAAGCUCACAGUGAUGAGGGAGAAGAAGAGAAGAGUGGAGGCGGCGAAUGCAGCAAUGCAAGAACUAGCAGAGGUGAGGACUGCCUUAACAACACAAUUGACUCCGCAAGUAGAUCUCCAACGCAAAGUGGAGAUCAUUGCCCAGAGCGUUGACCGGUUAGCUAAAGUGCAAGAAAAGCACUAUGAGUUUAGUCGCAGCCAGGAGAUAUCCGUGCCUUCGAUGCGAACGGGAUUACGGGAUUUUGCUCGCGAACUAGUAGGCGUUGUGGGAUCCGAGGUGAGUCAUCGCCUCGAGAAGACUGAGCGUUUUUGUGUUGGCGCCAUCGAAGGCGUCAAGGUGGCCGCUCCCAAGGAGGAGGAAGCCCGUCCUCGCAGGGAGCCAGUCAAAGUCAAAUUCCCUGAUUCCUACACUGGGAAAAGGGAUGAGAACUUUGACAACUGGGAAGCUAACGUUAAAACCUAUGUGCACUUGCAACAGGUCUCCCCGGAUCAGCAGGUUCUGAUUGCGAUCCACGCGCUAAGAGAUGAGGCCGCCAGUUUUGCAAGGUCCCUAGUUCGCGCUGCCAACUGUAGUGAUGAUCCCGUUGCGUACUCCUCAUUUACGUCCCUCACUGAAUUCCUGAAGCUGCUGCGCGAGCGAUUUGCUGAUGUCGCUCGCAGUGUCAAGGCCUCAGACAAGCUCCAAACCAUCCAUUCUCGUAAAUGGAAGAGUGCCAGGGCACUCAAGGGCGAUUCCCUUAGCCGUGAAGUGGUGGCUUUUGAAGCGAAGUCCGUGUCCCUGUCUACCUUCUCGCACAAGGACUUGGACAGGGGAAAGCAAUGGAAAGGUCGCACAAUCUCAGGGAAGCCUACGGAAGAGAAGCCGAUGGACCCUGCGAUUGCCAAGCUGCUGGAAGAGUUUAAGGAUUUGACUGAGCCGCCGACAGGCACGGUGCCGCGGCCCAUCCAGCACCGUAUUGAGAUAGAGCCUGGCAGUACAACUCCCAAGGGUGCGGUGUAUAGGAUGUCCCCGCGGGAGUUAGAGGAGCUGCGGAAACAGUUGGACGAGCUCCUUGAAAAGGGUUGGAUUAGGCCCAGUUCGUCUCCUUUUGGAGCCCCUCUUCUCUUUGUACCUAAGAAAGAGGGAGAGCUAAGGAUGUGUAUAGACUGUAGGGGUCUGAAUGCCAUUACAGUGAAGAAUGCUGAGCCACUGCCUAGGAUAGACGAUCUCUUAGAUCGAGUGCAGGGGGCGAAGUAUUUCUCCAAGAUAGAUUUGAAGUUCGGAUAUCAUCAGAUAGAGGUACAUCCUGAUGAUCAGUACAAGACGGCCUUCCGGACUAGUUAUGGGCACUACGAGUUCAUAGUGAUGCCCUUUGGACUAACCAAUGCGCCAGCUACGUUCCAGUGCUGUAUGAACGAUUUGUUUAGGCCGUGGUUAAACAGGUUUGUUGUCGUUUAUCUAGAUGACAUUCUAGUGUUUAGUAGGACCCUCGAAGAGCAUCAGGGUCAUCUUAGGCAGGUCUUGGAGAAGUUGAGGGAAGCUAACUUCAAGAUCAAUGCAAAGAAGUGCGAUUGGGCAAAGACCCAAGUUCUGUACCUAGGCCACAUCUUAGACGGAGACGACGUUAAGCCAGAAGAUAGCAAGAUCGCAGCGAUUAGAGAUUGGCCCACGCCACGUACGCUGACAGAGUUGCGCUCGUUCCUGGGCCUAGCUAACUACUAUAGGAAGUUUGUGAGGAACUUCUCCACCAUCGCUGCGCCCCUUCGCAGAUUGCUGAGAAAAGAGACAAUCUGGAAGUGGGACAAGGACUGCACGUUUGCCAUGAAGAAGCUAAAGCAGGCAUUGAUAGAGUAUCCGGUCCUUAAGGUCGCCGAUCCGUCCUUGCCUUUUGUCGUUACUACGGAUGCUAGCCAGUACGACAUAGGCGCAGUGUUAUAGCAAGACGAUGGCAAUGGCUAUAGACCUGU